GGGCUGGCGGCUGUGAGACAUGCCGACCGACAGCUGUAGUUUUCGGGCUGACCGGGAUGAGACACUUAGCGGGGGUCCUAGAUGGAUGAUGAUAACCGUGGUAGCCCUUUGUUCACUAGCCAGCGCGUGUUAUUCUACUGCUCUCAUAUAUAACUUCCUUCCUUCCUGACUCUCAACGACUACGUGUUCAAGUCACGCUUUUACCCCAUCUCUAAGGAUCCUGUCGCCAUGGGCCAAUACUUCGUUCUUUUUAACAUAGACAGGUUAGAAUACAUCAGUUACGACCACAAAUUUGGGGAGGUCAUUUUCGACGGCUCGUUCACGAGUAUCCUUCAAUGGUUGGUGAAACCCAUAGGUUACAAGCCGAGGCCUUUAAACCUGAUGGGCGGCACUCGGAAGGUAUCAGAUGAUGAGCGGAAAAUAAGUCCCGAAAUGGACCCGUCCCCUUUGAGGAAUGCAUUGGGCCAACUGGCGAAGUUCCCAGACGAAAUCCUCUGUAUGGUCUUCGAUAACGUCGACACACUCGAAGAUGUAGUGCGACUAGGAUUUGCCAAUCGCUACCUCUACAACAUAGCAUAUAAUGUGGUGCAGCAACGAUACUUGCAAUGUCGGGCUGCUUGGGCUGGGUGUCGCUUACUCUGUCUCGGAGAUUACGCUGAAUCACGAGAUCUUCCUCCCGGCGCAUUCACAAAAGACGAGGAGCAAGAGAUACAAGAGUACUGCGAUACCGUGGACAAUGCCUCGCCAUAUCAAUAUUUCACCAAAUUCUGCGACCUCCGAGAGCCAUCUAUGCCCCGCGUCGAAUUCAGCAUCAUAUAUGAUCUCCUUGAUUGCUCUGACCAAAAUGGCGCGUAUAGUACUCGAAUGAAGAAUUACUUCUGGGCGAUUGAGCAUCCAGCGUUAAUGUAUGGAACUGAUCAACUCUGGGCCCUGUGCAAUCUCUCCAAGAAUGAAUACGUUCGAUUGGAUGCCGUGGAUGCCGUCCUUGGCUACAAAGCAGGGCACCCAUUAAGCCUUCAAGACAUGUGCUUUUCGGUCGCCCAGGUGUUGGCGUGUAGGAUUUGCUGGUCUUCUGAACCGAGUUUCGCUUUAUGCUACACAGAGCUCAAUCAUAAAGGUAUAUGGGCCGGUGAUCGUUUCGAAAUAACAACUCUGGAUCGCAUGGAACCUCCAAAAGAUGGAAAGAUAUGGAAAGACGUUUCAGAUGAUGCAAUCAAUGAAGCUAUCGAGUUGUGGAAAGCAGACUAUGGCGAUGAAUGGGAGGAGAGAAUUGGCGACAGACUCAAUAGGCACUCUUUGAAAAUGAGGGAGUAUAAUAUGAAUAUGAUUCGUCAGAGGUGGCCUUAAUUUUGUCUGGGAAUACGUCAGAGAAAUGCAUAUUGGUUGUGCCUAGUUAAUAUAGCUCUGCAUGAACUCCUGUAUUUCACGAGUAGUUCCAUCUACACACUA